AUGCCCGCCAGCAAACUCUCCGCGGCCAGCGGCAAGGCCGCCGCCGCCGCUUCUGCUCCAGCCUCACCCACCAGCUCGCCCCAUCAAGCGCUCCUGCUACAGCAGCCCAUCACGCCUGCGCCCCGGCGCUCUCACUCCAUCGCCGCCACUACAACCACUACCCCGCUCAACCAAGUCGCCCGCUCCCAGCCUGGCACUGUUCCCCCCUCUACGCCUCCAUCGCAGGUCGCCCCACCCCGCCCCGCUACUCCGCCCUCCGCCGGCCGCUACGAGGUCGCUGCCGAGCUGCCUCGCAGCGCCUCGCCCAGUGGUAGCGUCUUUGACUCACCUCGGCAUGAUGAAGGUGAAGAGAAAGCGGAGAGGGAGGAGAUGGAAGAAGAAGAAGAGGCCGCGGAGCCGCGUCACCCGCUUGCGCCGCUGCCACUGCCGCUGCGCUUCGGUGCCCCUUCGUCGCCGAUACAGCCGUCAUCGUCGCCACCGGCUUCGCCAACCCAGCAGCAGCAACAGCAGCAGCAGCAGCCAACCCCCUCACAGCGCGCAACGUCGUCAGCGUCCUCGCCAAUGCAGCGAUCAACGUCCUUCCAGUUCUCUCGGACCACGUCGGCGUCAUCGCCGCCGCCAGCAUCACCGGACCGCUCCAUGUCGAUGUCGUCGCUGGUAGAGUGGUCCAGCGGGCGCGGCCGUGAGCGCCAGCUUGGCCGUCGCCGCAGCUCCGCUGCCCACGCGCCGUUCGAUGUCUUUGAGGACCCGGAGCCGCCGCGCUCGCCGUCGCCCGCGACGCGCCGUAGACGUGCGGGCUGGGAGAUGUAUAUGGAGCCGGCGUCGGAUAAGGAGAAUACCUCGCCGCCGAAUGGGUUGGACGCUGAUGGUGAUGAUGAUUUGUUUGCGUGA